AUGAAGAACCCAGAAGCCCAACAGGAUGUUUCGGUUUCCCAGCGGAUUCGCAUGAUGUUUUAUGUGAUGAAGCCCAGUGAAACGUCAUUCCAAACCCUGGAAGAGGUGCCUGACUAUGUACGGAAGGCAACUCCAUUUUUCAUUUCCUUGAUGCUGCUUGAGCUGGUUGUUGGCUGGAUUCGCAAAGGGAAGCCACCAGGCGGUUUGGAUGAUGCCUUAACAUCUAUGUCAGCCGGCAUUGUGUCUCAGCUUCCGAGGUUGUUUUACAGGAGCAUUGAGCUAACUAGUUAUGUUUAUAUCUGGGAGAACUACAGACUCAUUAGUCUGCCUUGGGAUUCUCCAUGGACUUGGUAUUUAACUUUCUUGGGAGUUGACUUUGGUUACUACUGGUUUCAUCGUAUGGCUCAUGAGGUUAACAUUAUGUGGGCUGGUCACCAAACGCACCACAGUUCUGAAGGCUAUAACUUAUCCACAGCACUGAGACAAUCUGUCCUCCAAAUUUACACUUCCUGGAUAUUCUACUCUCCCCUGGCCCUCUUCAUACCACCUUCAGUAUAUGCUGUUCAUCUUCAGUUCAAUCUCCUCUACCAGUUUUGGAUCCAUACAGAGGUCAUCGAUAACCUUGGUCCUUUGGAACUGAUUCUUAAUACUCCUAGCCAUCAUAGGGUUCAUCAUGGCAGAAACCGUUAUUGCAUAGACAAAAAUUUUGCUGGAACUCUUAUUAUAUGGGAUAGAAUUUUUGGGACAUUUGAAGCAGAAAAUGAAAAAGUUGUAUAUGGUCUAACACAUCCCAUUAAUACAUUUGAACCUUUCAAGGUGCAGUUCCAUCAUUUAGUUAACAUAUGGACUACAUUCUGGGCCACGCCUGGGUUCUUCAAUAAGUUUUCUGUCAUAUUUAAAGGACCAGGAUGGGGUCCAGGUAAACCAAGACUUGGACUGAUUGAAGAAAUCCCAGAGGUUGAGGGGAAAGAAGUUCCUUUCACAUCAUCGGCAUCUCAGCUAUUGAAGAUAUAUGUACUGGUACAGUUUACUCUGAUACUGGCAUUUUAUGAAGAGACCUUUGCAGAUAAAGCUGUACUAUCUCAGGUCAGUCUCCUUCUGAGGGUUUUCUUCAUUAUCCUGACCUUGACCUCCAUUGGAUUUCUUUUGGAUCAAAGACCUAAGGCAGCUGUUCUGGAAACUCUCCGUUGCUUGGUGUUCCUAGGGCUCUGCAGAGCAGGUCAUCUGAAGCCUUGCUUCUCUUCUUUGUCAUUUGCUCUUGAGAUUUUUUUUUCCAUCUGCAUUGCUUUCUGGGGAGUAAGGAGUGUGAAGCAACUUGUCUCAGACCCUUGGAGAUAA